GGAUGGUUAUCCUCACAUAGAGGGUUAUACCUAAAUACUGGAAAUUCAUGACCAAAACAAUUUUACUUGGCAAUGCUUCUUAAAUUCUCAUUUGGAAAGCACCGGUGUCUUAUAAACGCCUGUUUCUAGUUGCUGGUGGAACUCCAAUAAUUAGGAAAUAUUCAGAAGUAUAUUAAAUCCACGUUUUGUACCAAGUGAGAGAUGCUUCUCGUGUGUGAUGUAGAUCUUUGUUUGGGUUGUGCUGUGUGCUGUGCUGUCUCCUAUUUAUACACGUGGCCACAUCUUUUAGAAAUAACUAGUUCCAGCGUAGAUGUUGGGAAAUGUGAUAUAUCUGGCAGCUAAGAUGACGAGGGAUCUCCUCACUCAGUACAAAAGGUGGAUUUAAUAUCUUUCUGAAUAUUCUCUGGUUAUCAGAGUUUCACCAGCAACUGGAAACACACCCAUGCCCAGACAUGCUCCGAAACUUUGGCGGUUAGUAAGUAUGUUUUAGACCUCCCGCUUUGGGCUGCAUGUGUAAAUGUGCAGUAUAUACAGUAUCAGUCAAAAGUUUGGACACACCUACUCAUUCUAGGGAUUUUCUUUAUUUGACUAUUUCCUACAUUGUAAAAUAAUAGUGAAGACAUCAAAACUAUGAAAUAACACAUAUGGAAUCAUGUAGUAACCAAAAAAGUGUUAAACAAAUCUAAAUGUCUUUUAUAUUUGAGAUUCUUCAAAGUACGUAGCCACCCUUUGCCUUGAUGACAGCUUUGCACACUCUUGGGAUUCUCUCAACCAUCUUCAUGAGGUAGUCACCUGGAAUGCAUUUCAAUUAACAGGUGUGCCUUGUUAAAAGUUCAUUUGUGCAAUUUCUUUCCUUCUUUUAGAAUUUUGAACGUUAGCUUGCUAAGUUAACGUUACCUGACACUCUUGUCCCUGCUCUCCCUUCCUCUUCUGCUGCGGCUGGAAAUAUUUCAAACUCACCCGAGGGAAAAAAUAAAAUUGAAGACAGAUAAAUGUAGCUAUCUUGCUUGCACUUUAUACAGUUCCAAACAAACUAGCUAGCUAACUUGCUAGACUAGUAAUGUUAGUUAAUCAUGUUUUUAUCAUCAACAUACUUGUAGAUAUUUGAUAGCUAAUUGCCAUUACAAUUGUGGCAGCAAUAUUAUAGAGCUAAAUGAUGUUAGUUUUUAGGUUAUAUCUAGCUUAUGUAGUUAACUAGUUGGCUAGCUAACGUUAGUCAAACAACCUAACUUACCUUUCUUGCAGUUUCUCAUGCAGGAUCACUCUGAGGGGAUUCAAGUGAAUUGUGUUUCACGCCACAGAGCUUCUGUACUGCGCACUGGUCACUCACGUACUGGUCCCUGGCGUGCCGUUUCUCGCACAGGUGUGGACGAGGCAGCAGAGAGUGAACACACUCUAGAGGAAACGUCUGCAAAAGAAGGAAGUGAGAUGCCGCACAAGAAGAACAAGAAGCACAAAAAACACAAGGGCAAAAAGAAGAAGAAGAAACGCUGCAAGGGAGAGCGGGAGACCAGCUCAGAGUCGGUCCCAGAGUCCGACGUAGAGAAGCCACCAGUCAGAACCAGAGCAGGCUUGAGGACUCAUGGCCUAGUGGCUUCUGAUGCAGGAGCAAGCACAAAAGAUGAGGCAACAAAGGGCUUGAUCACAGCAGAUAAACCUGAGGUAUGUGAUGCUAAAGCCAGAAAACACAAAAGACAUGUUGGGAAAAAAAAGAAAAAGAGGAGGAGAAAAGGGGAAGAGAAGCAGGAGAAGAACUCACCUUUACACUCCCCAUCAGAGAGCGAAUCUAUGUCAGGGUCAGAUUCUGAGUCUGAGGAGAAGCCAGCUGUCACGGUUAUGCAAGCAGUUCCCAUCCUGUCUAAGGCCAGACAAGAGGAAAGGGUGUCCUCCCUACGCCUAACUCUCGGCCAAAAAGAGGGAUCUCUGAAAAUGUGUCAAACCUCGGAUGAGCAGUCUGCGGAUGCACGAGGAAAGACAGAAGAGAAGGUGCCCCCUGCUGACAGCGAGGAACAGACAGUCUCUGUCAUAAAGGCAGACGAUUCACAGAGCGACAGGUGCUUCAGUCACACCCAGGAGCUUCCGGACAUCAUCCCCAAGCAAGGCGGCCAGAGAGAGGAGACAAACGCAGGGCAGAGGUCAAAGGUGAAUAACCAUGCUCCCUCACGGUCAAGGUCACAGUCACUGACGGACACUAAAAAAGCCAGAUCGAGUCUUAGUCAUUCGACAAGCUCCAAGCAGUCCAGAUCAAGCCGUAGUCGUUCACAAAGCCCCAAGCGAUUGUCUGGUCUGCCUAUGUCUAGCAGGGGCAGGUCUCGAUCCUUCUCAAAGAGCAUGACUCCCAAGAGGAAGCAGUCUAAGUCCCUUAAAAGGACAGGACGUAAGUCACUUUCUUUGUCCCCUAGGAGAGGACACAAGUCUCCUCUGUCCCCUAGAAGAGGAAGCAAGUCCCCUUCUCUGUCCCCCAGGAGAGAAUGCAAGUCCCCUUCUCUGUCCCCCAGGAGAGGACGCAAGUCCCCUUCUCUGUCCCCCAGGAGAGGACGCAAGUCCCCUUCUCUGUCCCCCAGGAGAGGACGCAAGUCCCCUUCUCUGUCCCCCAGGAGAGGACGCAAGUCCCCUUCUCUGUCCCCCAGGAGAGGACGCAAGUCCCCUUCUCUGUCCCCCAGGAGAGGACGCAAGUCCCCUUCUCUGUCCCCCAGGAGAGGACGCAAGUCCCCUUCUCUGUCCCCCAGGAGAGGACGCAAGUCCCCUUCUCUGUCCCCCAGGAGAGGACGCAAGUCCCCUCCUCUGUCCCCCAGGAGAGGACGCAAGUCCCCUCCUCUGUCCCCCAGGAGAGGACGCAAGUCCCCUCCUCUGUCCCCCAGGAGAGGACGCAAGUCGCCUCCUCUGUCCCCCAGGAGAGGACGCAAGUCGCCUCCUCUGUCCCCCAGGAGGGGACGCAAACUGUCUCCGUCUCCAAGACGAGGGCGGCGGUCUGCGUCCAGGCCUCGCGGUCGUGUCAGGAGGUCGAGGACCAGAACCCCUCCCCCUCGUCGUGGUAGACCCUCGAGGUCCCGCUCGCCUGUGAGGCUGACUCGCCGCUCACGCUCCAAAUCUAGACGGCUCCGUCAUUCCCGGUCGCUGAGAAGAGGCCGGAGCUCCAAGAGCUGCUCCCCGUCUCACAGGAAGAGGUCCCCCCCCAGGACACGACGGUCCCGGUCUCCGGUCAGGAGAGGCAAGCGUACUCGCUCCCGCUCUGUCGUGAUCCUGAAGAGGAACAGGAAAGGCUCACUGUCCAAAUCCCCAACCAGCAAGAACACCAAGUCCCGCUCCAGGAGCUGCAGGAAAUCCAGUUCACCAGUACAGAAAAUACUUUCCAGAUCACCAAAGCGGGGCAGGACAAAGUCCAGAUCCCCAAGACGCAGUAAACCAUCAAGAUCACCAUUGCCAUGUAACAGGUCUUGUACUCCUAAAGCCAAAUCCCUGAAAAGAAACAAGUGUUCACUGUCAAAAUCGCCCAAAAGAGACAUAUCGAAAUCCAGGUCUGUCUUAAGCGACAGGCAAUCUGACAGCGUAUCCCCAGAACGCUCAAGAUCCAGGUCUACUGCCAAAGACCUGAAGUCUCUGAAAUCGGUCAAACAUACUGCAGACAAAACUGUGAAUGAUGAAGCACCUACCAAGCCUGUUGGGGAGGCUGUAGCAACAGCUGCAGCAGGGCCCUGGAAGCCCCUCCCUUGGGCUGCAGCCUCCAGUUCUAUCAUACAGGGCAAGCCAGUGGCUGGGCAGGCUGACGAGAGUAGCUCUGAGAUUCCAUCUGAAGACCAUGACUCUGCAGCAGAAGAGCCAAAGGGAGCAAGAAGCCCAACAAGCUCCUCUGAAGAAGAGCCAGAUGAGCAUGCUAUCUCCAGGUCUGUGUCACCAGAGACCGUUUGUGCUGAUCGCCGCUACAGGGCAUCAUCUUCUAAAUCCUCCAUCAAGAAGGCAUCAUCCUCGAAGCAACGUCAGUCCUCAAAAUCAGCAUCUCCUGCCAGGAAGUCCUACUCACCUGCCGGCAGAAAGACGUCCACCUCUCUCUCACGGAGGUGCUCCCGGUCCAAGUCUAUCUCUCCUUCUCAGUCCAAGUCUGCCUCCAGAAGGAGGCGAUCUAUGUCUCCAUCCAGGAAAAGGAAGUCUGUCUCUCCGCCUGCCAGACGGAAGAAGAGGUCCAAGUCCAGAAGUCCUGUCCGGCGCAGGAGAUCACACUCUAAGUCACCAGCACGGCGCAGGAAGUCACGUUCCAAGUCCAGGACCAAGCACUCAAAGUCCCGCUCCCCGGCCAGAAGGAAGAGGUCCAAAUCCACAGACAGGAGCAAACGCCUAAAGUCUCGUUCUCCAGGCCGGAGGAGAAGGUCCGGGUCGCGACGGCGCCGACCCAUCAUGCGAAAUCGCUCGUUUGACCGCCGCGACCGAUGGAAACGGGAACCAAGCCAUUCACCCAUCCUCAUCCUCCGCAAGCGCCGGUCCACAUCUCGAACCCGCCGCAGUGCCAGCAAGACCCCUCCUCGUCUCACUGAGCUGGACAAAGACCAGCUCCUGGAGAUAGCGAAGGCCAAUGCAGCAGCCAUGUGUGCUAAAGCAGGUGUGCCCAUUCCAGAGAGUCUGAGACCCAAGGCCAUCCUCCAGCUUCCCCUGCCCAACCCAGCCCCAACCCCUUUGAAUCUGCCUCUUCCCCUGCCCUUGCCUCUCAACAUGCCCGGCAUGGGAAUGCCCAGCAUGAACAUGCCCAGCAUGAACAUGCCCAGCAUGAACAUGUCCAAUAUGGCCAUGAGUGCUGCCAUGGCCAGUAUGAAAGCUGCCACCAUGACUGCAGCCCUCACCAACAUGGCCCAGAUGUCAAACAUGCCCCAGAUGGCCCCCCUCCCCACUAUCACCAACAAGCCCCCUCCUAGCCAGGCUCCCCAAACAACCCUUCCCCCCCUCAACCUGGACCACAUAGAGGAGGUGAAGAGGAAGGUGACUCAGCAGGCCAACAUCUACAGCAUCAAGGAGCUCACUGAGAAAUGUAAGAUGAUAGCGGCGAGUAAAGAGGAGAUGGCCAUAGCGAAGCCGCAUGUGUCUGAUGACGAGAACGAGGACAGGAAGCCCUGUGGCAAGAGCUUCUUAUUAAGUUAACUUUCUUUGGGGCACAUCAGAGGUACUCCCCAUGGAUACCAUCACCAGGUGGACAGAAGUCAAGGUUGUUGUGGUUAUAGAGCAGGAACCUCAUCAGAUACUGCCAGCCCUUGUUCUUUGGACAAUCAUUCCCUCCCCAGCCCCUCCCAUCAGUACUCUAGCUGUCUGGGGAAGUGUUUGAAACGUCAGUGAUCCUGUGUCCCAUCGGACAGACUGGCCUGAGUGUUCUUGUGUGUCAUUGGAUGGAUUGCAGUGUGUACAGUGUGGUUAUCCCUAGCUUCUACACGUUGCUCAGACAGAGCUCUCUGGACAAUGACUGAAGCAAAAUGAUAUAGGAACAUAUUUUCAAUGUUUUGUCAACCCUUUCUAAUGUUAAACUUCUGUUUCUUUUUUAUUGUGUUCAGUAAUAAUAUUUCCACCUCAUGGUUCCUUUAGUGACAUUUUAACCUGUAAUUAAGUGAACUGCUCGGUCUGCCCUCAGCACGCACGGGCACACAAAUACACACAUCAGUAAUAUGAUGGUCAGGUGUGUCUUUAGUGACGGGCAGACCGACCAGGUCUCUCCAUUGAGAAGACAAACUUAUCAGGUCUUUGUAGGAUCCACUCUAAAUGUUUUGUCAAUUCUCUAUAUAUUAACUGAUGUAAUCUUUAGCUAUUUUAAUGACAAAUACAUUUUAGGAUUUCCUUGAUCAGUAGUAGAAUAUUAUUUGGCUGACUUUGUACAUAAUGUGUUGAUUAUUAAAGGAAACCAGAAAAUCA